CGCCUUCUAAUCCUUAACAGCUACGCUAGCUACCUUACGCUAGAUUUUUUAGAGUAUUAUAAAGCUAAACGCAUUAUAGUUAUAGUGUACCUACUAUAUUCUACACACAGUUUGCAGCUGUUAGAUAUUAUGCUCUUUUCGCUACUCUUAAAACACUACACUAAGGAGCUUACCUAA